AACAAGUUAGUUUUUUUUUUUCAUUGUACUGUGUCUGUGAGUAAUUUAUCAAAGCAUGGAGAGGCAGAUUCCGAGUGAAAGUUUAUCUCUGAGUGAAGGUUGUGAAAUCGAAAUCUCUUACAAAAACAAUAGCAAUGAAAGCGUUUGGUACAAAGCCAUUAUCGAAGCAAAACCGCCAAAGAAUUCUACAUUCAAAGAACUCUGUGUUCGGUUGCUUAAGGAAGACGUUUCGACUCCUCUUAACGAACUCAGAGACAAAGUCUUGAUUCGACCCAUUCCUCCAAAAAAUGUGCAAGAUUGCAUCGAUAUUGAGAUAGGCACUUUCGUCGACGCUGAUUAUAAAGAUGCAUGGUGGGCUGGUUUUGUAGUCAAAGUGAUUGAUGAUGACAAGUUUUGGGUGUGUUUUGAUUCACCACCUGAUAUCAUUCAGUUUGAUAGAAACCAUUUGACGCCUCAUCUUCAGUGGGUCGAUGAGAAGAUAUUUUCAUGGUGGAUCAGAGGAUCAACACGAAAUUCAGAGUUCUUGAAGCGGUUGUCUGAGGAGCCUAGGUUUAGUCCUGGAACAAUGGUGGAAUUGUGCUCUAAGAGAGAUGAAGGUGAAGUGGUUUGGGUUCCUGCAAUGGUUUUUAAAGAGUUUAAAGAGAAUGAUGAGUAUAGAUAUAUUGUCAAGGAUAGGCCUUUGAUUGGCAGGAGUUAUAGGACAAGACCCAACAAAACUGUUGAUUUGCGUAGUCUUAGGCCUAUACCGCCUCCUAUUCGGGUUAAAGAGUAUCAAUUGGAGGAUUACAUAGAGGUGUAUCAUGAUGGUAUAGGAUGGCGUCAAGGACGAGUUGUGGAAACUCGAGGAGGAGUGAUGGAAUCUCUCUCUCAGAGAUGGUGUACAUUGCUUAUAGAGGCUACAAAGAAGCAAUUAACAUUCAAAAAAUCGGAUCUUAGGCCUUUGAGGGUGUGGGAAGAUGGCCUUUGGAAGACUAGGGAAUCAUCCUUAACUCAGGGAUCAGGAGAUAAGACAGGUGAUUCUGUGAUGAAUGCAAAUGAAUCUGAUCCACCUGUAACUCCACCUCCGGGCAUAACUACAACACCGUUGAAACAAAUAGAGGCUGAAACUCAGAGAAAGACAUUCCCCAAGAAGACACUUUCAAGGAAUCAGAAUGGUUCAGGAAACGAUUCAACACAAGAGAAUGAAAAUAGCAAUCGAAAGAGGAAAAGAGAAGAAAACCUUUGUUCUGUUUCUAGUGUUGAGGAAAACAAAGUCAAGGAUACUACAACAGUUUUGCUCUUUGAGAAGAAGUUACCAAUUUGGAAGAUACUUGAUUCAAUGGAGGUAUUUAAAGCAGUCCCACAAAGUCCUCAUUUCAGCCCAUUGGCGGAGAUUAGAGAAGAUUCCCGUGAAAUGUUGGCGGUUGGUAUGAUGCUUACCUUUUCAUGUUUACUUGAACAAGUCAAAGCUCUGCAACACGACGAGAACAUAAGCUCAUUUAUAAGCCUUAGUAAUUCCUUUACCGAGUUAGAGACACACGGGUUCAAUGUACAAGUAGCUCAGUUGCGGAUCAAUAAGUUGUUGACUCUUAGAGGUAUGCAAUCAAAGAAACUGGAUGAACUCAAUGGUGCCAAGAAAGUGACUGCAGAUAAAGAGAGCGUAAAGGCUGAAAACGAACGCAAGAUUCUCGAGCUGCAGAGGCUGAAUGAGGAGAUGGACAAAGAGAUAGCUCAGAGUAUGUCAUGUGAAGCAAAGAUUGUCCAACAGCUUGAUGAUAUGAAGCUUGAGUUUCAUGCAACUGCAUCGGCUCCAUGGUAAAAAAGUUUAAUGACCUCUAAUAUAAUCUCUUUUUCGCACUUAGAUUAUGUAAAUGAAAAGAUUUCGUUGGCCCUGUUGGAUAAUGAAUGGAUAUUUGUCUUUUUUUUUUU